GAAGUUUCAGCACUUCAAGUGACAUUCCUUUGAUCAAUUCUCCUAAAAGUUCCUGCAAAAGUUUAAUCCAUACGAAAUGGCGAACAAGACGGACCUUCUCCUGCUAUUCGAUCAUCCCACGGAGCCCGUGUUCAUGGACAAGGGUAAAGAACAAGCUUUCUUCGAAAUACCUGACUCCUACGAGACCGAUAAUUACAAAAAGGUUUCCAAGAACGUCCAAAAUCGUGUGGGUGGGGAUAAAAAUAGAGUUAUAUUUAUAAAAGAGCUCCCAGUACCCGAUCUCAGUAUCCCAAUGACAUUGGGCCGAACCGAUCAGUUUUCGGUGUUCCUGAAAUCUCAUCGCUGGCAGGCGGGCAAUUUGAUCGAAAUUUUUACGAAACUGCCUUCUUUUGAAGAACUGAUCAGCGUGGCCGUAUAUGCCAAGGAUCGGAUUAAUCCGGCAUUGUUUAACUACGCUCUGUCGGUGGCCCUUGCCCAUCGUGGGGAUACCAAGAAUCUACGUUUGCCCACCGUCUCGGAACUCUUUCCAGAUCGGUUCAUUGAUUCGCAGGUGAUUCGCACGGUGAGCGAGCAAUUGUUCGUAUUGGAGGGUACCCCGAGCCCAGAUCCCAUCAUCAUUCCUGUCAACUACACUGCCUCCGAUAUGGACCCCGAGCACAGCUUGUGGUACUUCCGCGAGGAUCUCGGAAUCAACUUGCACCACUGGCACUGGCAUCUAGUGUAUCCCAUCGAGGUUACUCCCGGUGCCGAUAAGAGUAUCGUGGAUAAGGAUCGCCGUGGCGAGUUGUUCUACUAUAUGCACCAGCAAGUCAUUGCCCGCUACAAUGCGGAGCGUUUGAGCAACUAUAUGGGAAAGGUAAAGGCAUUGGAGGAUUUGGACGAACCCAUCGCUGAGGGAUACUUUCCCAAGAUGAAUUCCCUGAUGGCAAGUAGGGCCUAUCCUCCUCGCUUCAAUAACACCCGACUGACCAGUGUUGACCGGCCCGUCAACCAAUUGAAAGUUAGUGUCGAUGAUGUAAAGCGUUGGCGCGACCGCAUCUACCAGGCCAUUCAUCAGGGCUUCGUUGUGGACGUGAAAAAUGAUAAGAUUGCCUUGGAUGAAGUAAAGGGCAUCGACAUCCUGGGUAACAUUGUUGAGGCCAGCGCUCUAUCGCCCAACAUGGCUCUGUACGGUGACAUGCACAAUAUGGGUCACAUUCUGCUUGCCUACUCCCACGAUCCGGACCACAGACAUCUAGAGGCUCAUGGUGUUAUGGGCGAUUCGACCACAGCCAUGCGUGACCCAGUCUUCUACAGGUGGCACGCAUUCAUCGACAACGUUUUCCAGGAGCACAAGCGGCUCCUUCGACCCUAUGAGGUGGAAGAACUAAACUAUCCGGGCAUCCAAGUGCUGAAAGUUGAAGUUAAUUCCAAAAAUCAGACAAACAAGCUGACCACAUUCUGGCAGCAAUCUCAAGUGAACAUGUCCCGUGGUUUCGAUUUCUUACCCCGUAGCAAUGUUUUGGCUCAAAUCACUCAUCUGCAGCAUGUUCCGUUCACUUACACCAUCAAUGCGGUCAACUCCGCAAAUGCCGCUCGAUUUGGUUACGUUCGCAUCUUCAUGGCGCCCAAGCCUAAUGGUCGUAAUGUUUCCUCAUUUCUGGCGGAGCAGCGUCUUGCGAUGAUUGAGCUGGACAAGUUUGUGGUGCAGCUGAAUCCAGGACUUAAUACAUUUGUACGCAGAUCUACUGAAUCGAGUGUGACCAUUCCGUAUGAGCGCACUUUCCGCAAUCUGGAUGAAAACACUCCGGCUAAAAAUUCUCCGGAGGAACAGGAGAGCUUCUUCUGCGGUUGCGGCUGGCCUAAUCACAUGCUAGUGCCGAAGGGUCGUCCCGAGGGUCUACCCUUUGAAUUGUUCGUCAUGAUUUCUAACUAUGAUAAUGAUAGGAUUGACCAGGACACUGUGGGUGGUUGCAACGAUGCCGGAUCGUAUUGCGGAAUCCGCGAUCGCAAAUAUCCGGAUCGCAGGUCGAUGGGUUAUCCUUUCGACCGUAUGCCUCAGCUAAAUGCUGUUGUCCUGAAAGAUUUCCUUUUGCCGAACAUGCAUACUGUGGACAUUACCAUUACCCAUGAGGACCGCACCGAAAAGCGCUUCGAAUAGAUGAUUCAUUCCUGAUUCCGAUGGCACAACUUUAACAUGAUUCGAUGGACUUUACCAUAUAUAAAUUUAUCCAAACUUAUGUAAACUAACUAAAAAAGGCAAUGAAAAUAUAUAUUAU